AAAUAUAUAAUAUAUCAUACAUAUAUAUAAUGGCGGGUGUUAAUGGCGGGUUUGAGGAUGACCCGGCCGGGUGCUACACGCAGCUUCUUUGUGGGGACGAAAUAAUUACGGGUCUUGAAACGGAUAGUUGUUUCGGGUUCGGAUCUUCUUCAAUAUUCUCGUCUGAUAAUCAUAUUGUAAAUACUCCGAAAAUGCUGUGUUUUGGUGAUUACGAGAAUGGCAAGGAAACGGGUCGGGUACCCGGACCCGCUUGCAUGGUGGUGGAUCCUACCUCACUUUCUUCAACCAAGAUUAGCAGCUCAUUGCCCAACUCCACUAAGAAGAGAAACGGGUCGGGUAUUCUCAAUUCGGGCGGCCCGACCGGAAGUCGGAGGAACAGUAAGAAGUCAAAGCCGGAGAAUUCAAUCACCGGCGGCCAUGCAAAGGUUGUUAAGAAAGAGAAGCUAGGGGAAAGAAUCGCAGCGUUGCAGCAGCUUGUUUCGCCCUUUGGCAAGACCGAUACGGCAUCGGUUCUUCACGAAGCAUUGGGGUAUAUUCGAUUUUUGCAUGAUCAAGUGCAGGUCUUGUGUUCUCCGUAUUUGCAGCGUCCCAAAGAUGGAGAGAGUAAUAAAGCCGACGAGAGAAGAACAAACGAUCUGAGAAGCAGGGGAUUGUGCCUCGUACCAAUCGAUCUCACCCUACACGUGGCCGAAUCCAACGGUGCUGAUAUGUGGUCAUCGGCUGCUAUGAUCGACAGUGUUGUUUCCUCAAGCUGA